GUUAGGCACAUGCGUGGCAGCACUGGUACUUAGAAAGCCUCCGUGUGCAGCUGUCGGAUGGAUUGGGGAUUUGUCAAUGUUGAGCCUCCUCCUGACGUGCACGCUGGUCCCGGUCCCAGAAAGACCACCCGACUGGAGUGGCCCAGCGCAGUGGAGGCCGGGACACUACAUCGCUUGGGAGCAGCUGUCUGCUCGACUUUCCGCGCCGUUCUUGUGCACCUUCCUCUACUAUACUUCCAAUGGAAACUCGCUGUUGGCUCGCAUCCUUUCGCAGAAGAUCCUGGUCAGGCUGGGCCGGUACACUUUGGAGGUCUACUUGCUGCAGACGGCUGUGCAUGACCUCUUUCUUUGGAUUCGGGCACCUGGUGCAGGAGGUCUUUGGCCUGGUCUGCCGUGGACACCGCAGGUCUUCCUGCUUUACCUGUGUGUCCUCUGGCUACUAUGCGCGGCUUUUGCUGAGACUGUUGCAGAACCGCUCACCAGCAAAGUGAAGACUUUCAGCGCUCACUGGGUCGGGAGAAGUGUGUCGCAAUGUUGUGAGGAACGCAGACAGCAGUAUCAACAAGUAGAUCCCGGCUGUGGUUGA